AUGCCAAAAUAUUGUUUGGAUCAUUUCUUACAGAGAAAUUGUUUGGCAUUUCUUACAGAAAAUAACGUCUUAUCCGUACAUCAAUCAGGAUUCCGUAACAAUCAUUCCACUGAAACUGCUGUUAUCCAUGUCGUUGACCAUAUAUUGCAACAUAUGGACAAGCAGCAAGUGACAGGUGCAGUGUUUGUUGAUCUCAAAAAGGCGUUUGAUCUUGUCGAUCAUGAAUGCCUUUUUUACAAGUUAGAACACUAUGGAAUUAGAGGUCAGACCAUGAGCUGGUUUCGGAAUUACCUCACAAACCGGACACAAAGAGUAAAUUAUGCAAACGAACUAUCUCCUAGCCGAGUGUUGAAUUAUGGCGUUCCCCAGGGAUCUGUGCUUGGACCGUUAUUAUUUGUCUUACACAUAAAUGACCUGCCAAAAUGUCUAUUAAGCUGUUCAAUCAGUAUGUACGCCGAUGACACAAUAAUUUAUUUUUCUGGUUCUGAUACCAAUGAGAUAAUAUAA